UGUCUCUUUCCUUCCAAUCGAUCACCUUCUCGUUCUCGCGCGAAAUGGAGCGUAAGAAGAGACCUAGGGUUUCCAAAGGCGAUGAGAAGCAACAUCGAGAAAAGGUCCGCGACGAAGAAUCCAUGGAUGCAGAGGAGAGCCUCUACGAGAUCCUUGGUAUGGAAAGAACAGCCUCACAACAAGAAAUCAAGAAGGCGUACUACAAGUUGGCCUUGCACCUCCACCAGAUAAGAAACGUCGGGACAAGGAAGCCAAAGAAAAGUUUCAGAUUUACAGAAUGUUAUGUCAGUUCUUGGUGAUGAGGAGAAACAGGCAAUAUAUGAUCAAACUGGUUGUGUUGACGAUGUUUUUUUUUUUAAAGAAAGGG